AUGAGUCUGCGAACGUGACCUCAACGUGGCAGCGAUUAAUUUUCUGGACCCAUUCCACUUCGUCAAGCCGAGCAUCUCUUUCACUUUGUUCGGGUCUGUUGCUGGAGUAGCAUAGGCUUUGUGAUUGCUCAGUUUUGAAAUCUGAAAUUAAAAAAAUCAUAAAAAAUGGGUAAGGAAAAGACUCAUAUUAACAUCGUCGUCAUUGGACACGUCGAUUCUGGUAAAUCCACCACCACUGGUCACUUGAUCUACAAAUGCGGUGGUAUUGACAAGCGUACCAUCGAAAAGUUCGAGAAGGAAGCCCAGGAAAUGGGUAAGGGUUCCUUCAAAUACGCCUGGGUAUUGGACAAAUUGAAGGCCGAACGUGAACGUGGUAUCACCAUCGAUAUUGCCCUGUGGAAGUUCGAAACCUCCAAGUACUACGUGACCAUCAUCGAUGCCCCUGGACAUCGUGAUUUCAUCAAGAACAUGAUUACUGGUACGUCACAAGCUGAUUGCGCCGUGUUGAUUGUUGCCGCCGGUACCGGUGAAUUCGAAGCUGGUAUCUCAAAGAACGGACAAACCCGUGAACACGCCUUGUUGGCCUUCACUUUGGGUGUCAAGCAAUUGAUUGUCGGCAUCAACAAGAUGGACUCCUCCGAACCACCAUACAGCGAGGCCCGUUAUGAGGAAAUCAAGAAGGAAGUCUCGUCGUACAUCAAGAAGAUCGGUUACAAUCCAGCCGCUGUUCCAUUCGUCCCAAUCUCCGGAUGGCACGGAGACAACAUGUUGGAACCAUCAACCAACAUGAACUGGUUCAAGGGAUGGGCCAUCGAACGCAAGGAAGGCAAGGCUGAAGGUAAGACCUUGAUCGAUGCUUUGGACGCUAUCUUGCCACCCACCCGUCCAACCGAGAAGCCUCUUCGUCUCCCACUCCAGGACGUGUACAAAAUUGGCGGUAUCGGAACAGUACCAGUCGGUCGAGUUGAAACUGGUGUCUUGAAACCAGGUAUGGUUGUCGUCUUCGCCCCAGCCAACAUCACCACUGAAGUCAAGUCCGUCGAAAUGCACCACGAAGCUUUGCCCGAGGCCGUGCCCGGUGACAACGUUGGUUUCAACGUUAAGAACGUCUCCGUCAAGGAAUUGCGUCGUGGUUACGUUGCUGGCGACUCCAAGAGCAGCCCACCCCGCGGAGCUGCUGACUUCACCGCCCAAGUCAUCGUGCUCAACCAUCCCGGUCAAAUUUCGAACGGCUACACCCCAGUGUUGGAUUGUCACACAGCCCACAUUGCCUGCAAAUUCUCCGAAAUCAAGGAGAAGGUCGAUCGUCGUUCCGGCAAGACCACCGAGGAGAACCCCAAGGCCAUCAAGUCUGGUGAUGCCGCCAUCGUCAUCCUCGUCCCAACCAAACCCUUGUGCGUCGAAUCGUUCCAGGAGUUCCCUCCAUUGGGUCGUUUCGCUGUUCGUGAUAUGAGACAGACCGUCGCUGUCGGUGUAAUCAAGGCUGUAAACUUCAAGGACGCCAGCGGUGGCAAGGUGACCAAGGCUGCCGAAAAGGCCACCAAGGGCAAGAAAUAGCUGCGAUUCAUCAACAUCUUUCUACGCACAAUACAACUAAUUAUUAUAUCCGAUAAAAAAUAUAAUUGCUUCCAUCGCAAGGAGUUUCGCAGGAAAGGAGACGGCCCAUCAACUUCAUUCCAACUAUUGCUACAACAACCACACUUUUUACUAUAAAAAUCACAUAGAAGUUUUCUACACUAUUUACUCCGCAUUUAUAUAUUUAAUAUAUAUUUUUAUAUAUAAAUAUUUACGAGAGAAUAAGAGUUUGUCAAGGAGAGAAGGAAUAUAUUUUGUACUCUUGGUUUACACGCCCUCCGCAACGCACUUCCAACCCCUUUUCAAACUGGGGAGCGCAACACCAUCUGGCGCUCCUGCAAGCAAUGUAUCAAAUAUGAACACCUUUAAGCGCAAAGUGAGAUAGGAGCAGGUUUAAUUCUAAUUAAUAUUUAUCUAUUUAAAGCUGAACAUUUAGAACUUGGAUACAUUGGCGCGUGUGCGCGGUUCCCCGAGAGCUUGUUCGACGGGAACCACGAUUCGAUUAGAAGGAAAAAUUCUGUAAAGCGAAAUUUGUAAUUUUUUUCUACUUAAAAAUAAAAGCAGAAUGGAAGCUUGA